UCUUUUCUAGGUAUUUUGAACCAAUCAUCAAAUGUAACCAAAUAAGGAACAAAGUAUUCAAUGAUGACGAGAACAAAAGUGAAACAUCUCCAUGACAAACCGCUCAAUACCAUCUUUUUCGAACAUCAUCAUCACCAGGCUACCCUCCUCGAAGGACUCAAUUCGUUGCGAGAAAAAGAAGAACUUUUGGAUAUAACUCUUAUCAUAGAAGGAAAUGUGUUCAAAGCUCACAAAGCAGUAUUAGCAGCUUGUAGUGACUACUUCAGGGCCAUGUUUACAGAUAAUAUGCUUGAAGCUAGACAGAACGAGAUAUGCCUGAAUGGAAUCACAGCAAAUGGUUUCAAUCAACUUCUUGAAUAUGCCUACACUAGUCGCUUAUCUCUCAACUUAGCCAAUGUACAGGAUGUUUUGGAAGCAGCCUCUCAUGUCCAAAUGGUAUCAGUUAUACAAGCAUGUUCAAAUUAUUUGCAAUGUCAAAUUGACAUUGAAAAUUGUGUUGAUAUUGCAACUAUAGAAUCUGUGCUCAAUAAUAAGGUUUUGAAACGUUUUUUGAGGAGACGGUAA